CAGAUCCUGUGUACCCGGUACGAGGAUAUUGCUAAUCUAUUGUGUCCAACGUCCUGAAAGUAUGAGAGCCCAAUUCUUUCACGAUGGGCCUUAAUUUCCUAGUGUAUGCUAGUCUUUCCUUUACUUGGGAGUUUCAAAGCAGUGCUCGUUCAUGUGGUGCGAAUCUUCUAUCAAAUCCGAGUGGGUAUUACAGGCGUCCCCUCAAAAAACUAGAAUGUAUUUACAUAUUGAAGAGAGUUUUCAGAAUCCCCACAAUGUGCCCCUUUCAUAAUUUUCGACAAACACACGUACUCUAACUUCCUUUGACCUAGCACUGUCGCCACUUAAUGUAUAAUGACUGGGUGAACCUCGCGCUUUCCUU